CAGCGCUCAGUUACUGCAUCGACUCUUAGCUGUCGGGUUAGGUAACCGUGUGCCAGUUUAAAAUUAUACGCCCUAGCUGUUGUCCUUUUCUAUUCGCCUAAACUAGAAAGCAUGCGCGAGUGCAUCUCCAUUCACGUUGGCCAGGCUGGUGUCCAGAUUGGCAAUGCCUGCUGGGAGCUCUACUGCCUGGAGCACGGCAUCCAGCCUGACGGGACGAUGCCCAGUGACAAGACCAUCGGAGAAGGGGACGACUCCUUCAACACCUUCUUUAGCGAGACUGGAGCCGGCAAGCACGUCCCCAGAGCUGUCUUUGUAGACCUCGAGCCAACAGUCAUAGAUGAGGUGCGCACUGGUACCUACCGCCAGCUGUUCCACCCUGAGCAGCUCAUCACUGGCAAGGAGGACGCUGCUAACAACUACGCCCGUGGGCACUACACCAUCGGCAAGGAGAUCAUCGACCUGGUUCUGGACAGGGUCCGCAAACUGGCUGACCAGUGCACAGGUCUCCAGGGUUUCCUGGUCUUCCACAGCUUUGGAGGUGGUACGGGUUCUGGUUUCACCUCCCUGCUGAUGGAACGCCUGUCUGUGGACUACGGCAAGAAGUCCAAGCUGGAGUUCUCCAUCUACCCAGCCCCCCAGGUCUCCACAGCUGUGGUGGAGCCGUACAACUCCAUCCUGACCACCCACACCACCCUGGAGCACUCUGACUGUGCCUUCAUGGUAGACAAUGAGGCCAUCUAUGACAUCUGCCGCAGGAACCUUGAUAUUGAGCGCCCCUCCUACACCAACCUGAACAGGCUUAUCAGCCAGAUUGUGUCCUCCAUCACAGCCUCCCUCCGAUUCGACGGUGCCCUGAAUGUUGAUCUGACAGAGUUCCAGACCAACUUGGUGUGA